UAGGACAUAGAUACGUCAAUUCCAUUAGGUACCUACAUGUAGCUAUGUAGUGACCCGUGCGGCGUGCGCGGUGUAGUGUAAUGACCCCUAAAAGUUUGUUUUAAAACCGAGGGCGGGGUCCCCGUCUGACGCUUAGUGCUAGUGGGAUUAAUCGAUAUGCAAUUCCCAAUUAUAUUUAAUUUCGCAAAAGUGUAACACAUCGCUCCUCUCCCUUUUCUAGUAGACGAAGACGAACAUUACUCCAAUAUACCACGAUAACCCGGCCACGAUGUCUACUACUACGACUGUCACCCAGAGUAUCCCGACGGCGGAAACCCUACUCCGUCUUUUCCCAGACAUAGACACUAGCUCCGCCGAGCUAGAAGGUCACGAUGCAGAACAGAUUCGACUCAUGGACGAGGUGUGCAUUGUUCUCGAUAAUGACGACAACCCAAUAGGAACGGCCAGCAAGAAGCUUUGCCAUCUUAUGACAAACAUCGACAAGGGUUUACUGCACCGAGCUUUCUCCUGCUUUCUCUUUGAUGAUAAGAAUCGAUUGCUCCUUCAGCAGCGCGCAUCCGAAAAGAUCACCUUUCCUGAUAUGUGGACGAAUACUUGCUGUUCUCACCCCUUGGGAAUUCCUGGCGAGACCGGCUCCAACCUGCCAGAUUCGGUCGAGGGUGUUAAGCGCGCUGCGCAACGAAAACUCGACCACGAGCUAGGCAUUAAGAAGGAGCAGGUACCAUUCGAGGACUUCCACUUCCUAACACGAAUCCAUUAUAAAGCUCCUAGCGAUGGUAAAUGGGGCGAGCACGAGAUUGACUAUAUCCUUUUUAUCAAGGCGAACGUGGAUCUCCAUGCCAACCCCAACGAAGUGAAGGACACUAAAUACGUCACUGCUGAAGAACUUAAGACUCUCUUCAAAGACCCAGAGUUAAAGUUCACGCCUUGGUUUAAGCUCAUAUGCGAGUCGAUGCUUUUCGAAUGGUGGGAAAACCUUGACUCCGGUCUUGAGAAGUACACCAACGAGCAGGAGAUUAGGCGCAUGUGAAGCGAGGUUCGACCGGUCGGAGGGGGAAAAAAAGAAGAAGAAUCCGAUUGUUUACUGAUUUCUUUAUUUGAUUUUUAGAACUCAGCUGAGAAAGGAUGGAAGAAGCUUGCUUUAUGCCUUAUCUAGAGUACACUUUGUUUUUUACGCCCGAUGGCGAACUGCAUAUUUUCAUAGAUAUCCCCCUUUUCCCCUAUGCCCCUAUGCCGUAUUGGAAGCGAGGGGUUUUACUGUUUUCAAUUGUUUCAGAAAUGCAAGACCUCGUUAAUAUCACAUCCAAUCAUCUAAU